AUGGACUCUGCAUCACGCUCCUUUAGAUGUAAUGGCUCUCCCAUUAGUGAGUGUCGUCCCAGCAAAGUGAGAAAGACCUCCAGAAAUAGCUCGAGUAGUAGUAGUAGUAGUAGUGAAAAGCCCAGAGCUGUGGUUCCCUCAACGUACUUUCCGAGCACCAAACUAGGCUUCUGGGCCAACGAGUUCCUCCCAAUGGCACUGCAUGAACCAAAGGUGACUAAGAAGUCUUGUCCUGUUGGCAUCACGAUGCUUUCUGACGACAUCCUCGGAAAGUGUUUCUUCAAUGGUUACCUGGAUACGUUUGAAACUCUGAAACUAACCUCACUGAACAAGCGAACCCGAAGGGUAGGCCUUACACAAAUUCAACAUUUGGAUUUGAGAAAGUGCAAGAAUCUUACAGUGGACCAAGUUACAAUAACCGCUUUGGUGUACCAAAACUUAAGGAGUCUAGAUUUCGCUUACAACCCAAAGUUUGGAAGAGACCACCUCUCGGCACUGGUGGAGACCUCCAAGAAUCUUCGACACCUCGUCCUCAAGGGCACUGCUGUCGAUGAUCAUGCUCUCAUUGAGUAUCUCAAAGAAGUGCAUAGCCGCUUUGGAGAGUGUAAGCUUUUGUCAUUGGAUCUUUGCGCUGUCUCGAAAGAUACAUGCCUAAAGAUUGGGGACAAAGCAGUCGAAGCCAUUUCACAAUACUGUCCCAAGCUGAAGUGCCUGAAGCUCGGCUGGUGCAAGAAUGUGACUGAUAAUGGCAUUGGAUCCAUCUCCAAGCUGAAGCGCUUGACAGAGCUUGACUUGUCCUUGACUAGCAUUACUAUCAAAUCUUGCUACAACCUCCUAGAGAUACUUGGACCUAACCUUGAGGUUCUAGACUUGAGUGCUACUUCCAUCUUUCAACUUGAUGAGUCCAGAGACAGUGCUGAAUGGAUCACCUUUUCCAAGGUGCAAAAUCUCUCUACCCUCAAGCUUCAAUUUUGUGAACAGCUUUCCGCUGCACUCAUUGAACACAUUGUUCAAAAUGCAGCAUCGUUGAAGUCAUUUGACGUCAAGCACAGUGGAGCAGAGGGAACUAUCCGUCUCACCGAAGAGCAGGCGUACAAACUUUGUGCUCGUAACAUUCGAGUUACUGGAGUUACCAUGAUCAAGAGGUGA